AGGUGAUAGUGUUCUCUUUGUCUGACUAAGUAUAAAUCCGUUAGAGUAAGAGAAAUAGCAGUUGCAAUGUUUCGAAUGUUCAUUUACUUACUUCGAACGCUGCCCACUCUGGCAGCAAAUAAUACAAUUUUCUGACACAGCUAAGAUUUUUGGCUUUUGGUUUGAUGAAAUUGUAACUUUUACAUCAACAGUAACGACUACGUGAAAAUCAUGGCUGGGUCAGCUUUGAGGCGGCUUAUGGCUGAAUAUAAACAACUGACUCUCAAUCCCCCAGAAGGCAUAAUAGCCGGGCCCAUUAAUGAAGAAAACUUUUUUGAAUGGGAGGCACUAAUAACAGGUCCAGAAGGCACAUGUUUUGAAGGAGGCAUAUUCCCCGCGAAACUUGUUUUUCCGCCUGACUACCCAUUGAGUCCACCCAAAAUGCAAUUUAUUUGUGAGAUGUUUCAUCCCAACAUAUACUCUGAUGGUCGUGUCUGCAUAUCUAUCCUGCAUGCUCCUGGCGACGACCCCAUGGGCUAUGAGAGCAGUGCUGAGAGGUGGUCGCCCGUGCAGAGUGUGGAGAAGAUAUUACUCUCCGUUGUCAGCAUGUUGGCUGAACCCAAUGAUGAGAGUGGAGCCAAUGUAGACGCUGCCAAAAUGUGGAGGGAAGAUCGUGAUCAGUUCAAUAAAAUAGCAGAGCGGCUCGUAAGAAAAACGCUUGAUUUGCCUCCGCCGUAAAAUGUAGCUAUAAGGUCCAAUUUACUCUUUAUUUUUCCCGUUGUCAAGCGAUUCCGAGCGAUUCUAUAAGCGUUAUAUAGAGAAAUAUAUACAUUGUUUCACAAAACUUCCAUACCUUUUGCACAUAAUCGAAUUUUAGGAAAUAAUUACUAGUUAAUCGAUGUUUUAGCGAAUAUUCAUUGUUAUAGCGAAAUUUCUUGGUGACUUCAUUGGAUUUAACGGAAAUGUUUAUAUUGUUCUGACGUCAUUUGUAAAACGUCCAAAUAAGCGUGCGUUUCUACUAGGUAUUUGUAGCGAGGGAACUCUUUUUUUUGAGAAUCAACAAAAGUAGUUCAUUAACAUAACCUUCUAUUAUCCAAGUUAUUUUAAUGGUUCUUGAAAAACUCAUCCCUCGCUACACUACUGUCGCUUGAAUACAUUUUCCUC